GUUCUGAUCUCAAUUAAUUGGCGGAUAAAAACAAUUCAAAACUCAACAGUGAAGAAGAUGGUGAUCGGCAAUAGCGAAGCAGCGGCGUCCAGAUUCUAGGCAAUCCGGACGGUGGCCUGAGCGAUGGCAGCGGCUGACCUCUCCCGGUCGAGCGACUACAGUGGCAGUGGUCGUCUUUGUUGAGCUCUGUUCCGAUCACAGGGUACUGACUUCGUCUCUCACACGGCAGUAACCCCAAACUCCGUAUAGUUUUUCUUCAAUUGUGCGUGCGUGUGUAUAUAUAAAGGGGAUGGGUUUGGGGAAUUCCUUUUCAGCGUAGGGUUAGAGCACUGAAUAUUUGAACCCUUUUACUUCUACAUGUCUGCUGCCAACUGAUUGUUCCUCACUUCUGCAUCUCUUUUCUUUAUUAUUUUCCAUACCCUUUUCUUCAAUCUUGUUGAUGAUGAUCUUCAAUUUUGAUUCUUUUCCCCCAAUCAGUUUUUAAUAUGGUCACCAGGAUAUGACAGAUGAGGUUGAAAAUUGUGCUUGCUGGACUCAUUAGCUUGGCUUGGAUGCAUCAAGCUCAUUGUGAAGGGCUUUCUAAUGCAUUUGAGGAAAAUAAGUGGACGUGCACUUGUUUCACAAACUUAAGUAUUGCUACUAUGGCUAACUGUUCGUCAUCAUGCAAUUGCAGUCCGGAUGGGUCGCGCCAAAGCAGGUGGAAGUGUAGAUGUGCUGCUGAAGGUUUACCAGUUGUGGCUGCUGAACAUAACAAUACUUGUUUCUUCACAUCUUGCAGUUGCAGUUUCGGGAUUCCGACGAAAAUACACUAUCCCAAGAAGUGGAUUUCAAGGGAAUAUAUAUUUGUUAUUCUCUUUAUAUCUUCAGCAGUUGCAAAUCUUGCCUUUUUUGCACUGAUGCUGUGCUACAUUAUCUACCAAAGGAAAACACAAUCUUCUCAACAAUAUCUUUUUUCGCUAGAUAAGGAAAUGAGUUUCAGUAGUGGUACUAACUUAAUAAGCCAGGGGGCUUCUUCAGAAGCAGAAUCAAAAGUUUACCCAUCCACCUCAGUAAAUACUGUUUCAGGAUGCAUUCCCAAGGUAUCAUUGCUAUUCAAAAGCAAAAUGGGAUCAUCAUCAUCUUCAUCUUCAUAUGGAAUGAUAGUGUACUUCUCAUACUUUGACUUGGAAACUGCCACCGAUAAGUUCUCUAGUUCCAAUUUGAUUGGAGUUGGAGGGAGUAGCCAGGUAUACCGCGGCCAACUGAAAGAUGGGAGAAUCGUCGCAGUUAAGAGAAUAGAAACCCAAGGAGGGCCAGAUUCAGAGACCUCUUUCUUGACAGAGAUGAAACUGAUAUCAAGACUUCACCAUUGCCAUGUGGUGCCAUUGUUGGGAUACUGCUUGGAACACCGAGGAAACCAAGCAGAGAGGCUGCUUGUGUUUGAAUACAUGGCAAACGGAAACCUCAGAGAUUUUCUUGAUGGUGGUGGAGCUUCCGGAAGAUGUUCGGACUGGGCUACUCGAGUCCGAAUUGCUCUUGGAGCUGCUCGGGGUCUGGAGUAUCUCCACGAAGCUGCUGCACCAAGGAUCCUCCACCGUGAUGUCAAAUCCACAAAUGUUCUGCUCGAUGAAAAUUUGAGAGCCAAGGUCGUUUCUGUAAAGAGUACAAAAUGAAUAAAGCUAAGGUAACCCCUACAUUUUGGGACUUUCAUGACCCCAAACUUUGUACGUGCAUGUGGGUGCAAAGCUUGGAGUCAUGGUAACCCCAAAAUGUUGGUGUUACCCUAGCACGACCCUAUAAAUAUAUUCCAGGGCCUUCGACCACAAAACUUGAGCUUAUGGUUGGGUU